CAUACAGCACCCCUCUACUAUCAAAUUAUUUGAGCAACCGGUGCUUAGCAUAUUUGUCAGACCACCAUUACCACCGAGCUAGCUCUGAAAAUGGUGACCGUUGAGGAAGUCCGCAAGGCUCAGCGAGCGGAGGGCCCCGCCACCGUCUUGGCCAUCGGGACGGCCACCCCACCUAACUGCGUCGACCAAAGCACGUACCCUGAUUACUACUUCCGGAUCACCAACAGCGAGCACAAGACAGAGCUUAAAGAGAAAUUUAAGCGCAUGUGUGAGAAAUCAAUGAUCAAGAAGAGGUACAUGUACUUGACAGAAGAGAUUCUUAAGGAAAACCCAAAUAUAUGCGAGUAUAUGGCAACCUCACUGGAUGCUAGACAAGACAUGGUGGUAGUUGAGGUUCCAAAACUAGGCAAAGAAGCAGCCACCAGGGCCAUCAAGGAAUGGGGCCAGCCCAAGUCCAAAAUCACCCAUUUGGUCUUUUGCACCACUAGUGGUGUGGACAUGCCUGGGGCCGACUACCAGCUCACUAAGCUUUUGGGCCUACGUCCUUCUGUCAAGCGUCUCAUGAUGUACCAACAAGGCUGUUUCGCCGGUGGUACGGUGCUCCGACUUGCUAAGGACCUUGCUGAGAAUAAUAAGGGUGCUCGUGUGCUAGUUGUGUGUUCCGAGAUCACCGCGGUUACUUUCCGUGGGCCUAGUGAUACCCAUCUUGAUAGUCUUGUGGGCCAAGCUUUGUUUGGUGAUGGUUCUGCUGCUAUUAUUGUCGGUUCCGACCCGGUGCCUGAGGUCGAGAAGCCACUGUUCGAAUUGGUCUCAGCAGCCCAAACAAUUCUUCCCGACAGUGAUGGUGCUAUCGAUGGGCAUCUUCGUGAAGUUGGGCUUACAUUUCAUCUCCUCAAGGAUGUUCCUGGGCUUAUUUCUAAGAAUAUAGAGAAAAGCUUGGUUGAAGCUUUCAAGCCAUUGGGUAUCUCAGAUUAUAACUCUCUUUUUUGGAUUGCCCAUCCAGGUGGUCCUGCAAUUCUGGACCAAGUUGAGAUCAAGUUGGGUCUAAAGCCUGAAAAACUACGAGCUACAAGACAUGUGCUUAGCGAGUUUGGUAACAUGUCCAGUGCCUGUGUGUUGUUCAUUUUGGAUGAGAUGAGGAAGAAGUCCAGGGAGGAUGGUUUGAAGACCACUGGAGAAGGGCUUGAAUGGGGAGUGCUGUUUGGAUUUGGGCCUGGGCUAACCGUUGAAACCGUGGUUCUCCACAGUGUGGAAGCUUAAAGGGAUUGUUUGUUCAAUUAUUUGGUUGUAUUACGUAUUUGUCUGCACUUUACCUUGGUGCAGUGGUUGGUGUUUUCUUUAAUUUCAUGUAUUUACUACAUUUUAUAAGAGGCAAAAGGAACUAUGUAGCAACUCUAUAAAAUGAUGAUGAAUAAUAUGUUCCAUUUUAUGUGAAAGAAA